GGCACCAUGGGCCGGCUGCUGAGGGCCCCGGGGCAGACGCCGCUGCUGCCGCUGCCGCCGGCGCCGCUUCUGCUGCUUCUGCUGCUGGCCGGAGGAGCAUCCCUGGCCACGUGUGCAGCCGGGUCUGAGGAGCCUGGCCCGGAGGGCCUCCCCUCCACCUCCCUGCUGGACCUCCUGCUGCCCACUGGCCUGGAGCCGCUGGACUCAGAGGAGCCCAGUGAGGCCAUGGGACUGGGGGCUGGCCUGGGAGCCCCUGGCUCUGGCUUCGCCAGCGAAGAGAGCGAAGAGUCCCGCAUCCUGCAGCCGCCGCAGUACUUCUGGGAAGAGGAGGAGGUGCUGAACGACUCUAGCCUGGACCUGGGACCCACUGCAGAUUACGGUUUUCCAGACCUGACUGAGAAGGCUGGUCCCAUAGAGGAUACCGGCCAGAGUCAAGAGGGGGCGAGCCUCCCGUCUCCCCUGCCCAAGAUGAGCCUAGUGGAGCCACCCUGGCACGUGGUCCCCGGAGAGGAGGAAGAGGAGGAGCAGCUGCUGCCUGUGACCAGAUCCCAAGAAGAAUCCCGAAGUCAGGUCCGCGGCUUUCCUCCCACCGGCAGCAGCCAGAGCGCAGGGGCCCCCGCACACCGGCACGAGGAGUCUGGGGACCAGGCCUCCUCGGGUGUGGAGCUGGGGAGCAGCAUGGAGCCGAGCCGUUCCCCGCCCACAGUCGCCCCAAGUCCAGUGACCCUGGGGGGUCCGGAUGUGGCCGACUGGGGGGCAGGGGGCACGGCGCUGCCCGCCACAGGGCGCGGGCUAGAGUUGGAGGCCCCUCGGGAGCCCAGUGAGGAGGCCGCUGCGGGAACAGCUGGCUCGGCCGGCCGGCUGGGGGAGGGACCGUCCCCGGCCUCGUUCCCUCAGACAGACGCUCCCAGCGGGGCUGAGGCCUCAGACGAAGACCCCACGCACCCUGGGGCCUCAGCCUCUUUCUCCCUGGCCCCUGGAGACGUGGAGCUGACACCUUCCUCUGCUGCCGUGGGACGAGAAACCCUCAGCCAGCUGCCCCAGGAAGGGCAGACCGCCGACGCCCCGUCUAGAACACCCUGGGACUCCACGCAGGUGAUCUGCAAAGACUGGAGCAACCUAGCCGGAAAGAACUACAUCAUCCUGAGCAUGGCGGAGAACGUUGACUGUGAGGUGUUCCGGCGGCACCGGGGGCUGCAGCUCCUGGCCCUGGUGGAGGGGGCGCUGCCCCGCCACGGCCGUGGCCGCCAUGGGGACUGGCACAUCUCCCUGAGCAAGCCCAGCAAGGAGGAGCGGCACCUGCUGAUGACCUUGGUGGGCGAGCAGGGUGAGCGGGGGCUGCGGGGAAGUGCACAGAGGCUCGGGGAAGGCAGGCUGAGCCCUCACUGGACUCCCUGGUUCAGGGCUCAGCAGGGCCCCCAGGCUUGGGUUCUGGAGAGGAGGAGGAGAGUGCACCCUGGUCGGGAGGGAGGCGCAGGCCCAUGUACUGUGUGUGGUGGCUUCCGGAAGCCACACCCACCACAGGUGGGCCAGCGGGCGGGCAGCAGGUACAGGUCGUGGUCUGCGUGGGCUCCAGGCUGGGGAGCGAGGCUCGGAGGCUCAGACCGGGGUUCCGAGGGUCAGGAGCCCGAGCUCCUCUGCGGCCAGGGCUGCGCUGACGGUGCGUUUCCCCAGGGGUGGUGCCCACUCAAGACGUCCUCUCCGUGCUGGGCGACGUCCGCAGGAGCCUGGUGGAGAUUGGCAUCCAGAACUACUCCACCACCAGCAGCUGCCAGGCCCGGGCCAGCCAGGUGCGCAGCGACUACGGGACGCUCUUUGUGGUGCUGGUGGUCAUCGGCGCCGUCUGCGUCAUCAUCAUCGUGCUCGGCCUGCUCUAUAACUGCUGGCAGCGCCGGCUGCCCAAGCUGAAACACGUGUCGCACGGCGAGGAGCUGCGCUUCGUGGAGAACGGCUGCCACGACAACCCCACGCUGGACGUGGCCAGCGACAGCCAGUCGGAGAUGCAGGAGAAGCAGCCCAGCCUGAACGGCGGCGGCGCCGUCAA